GUUAUUAAGGGGAGAUAACUUGUUAAAGCAGUUGCGCCAUUUUUUGUUUUCUCUGUUACCGGUUAAAUUAACUCACGCUUUAUUUUCAAAAUGUCUGCCCUACUUCAGAAACCCAAAAGUGAGAUGACACCUGAGGAAUUGGCUCAGCGCGAACAAGAAGAAUUCAAUACUGGUCCACUCUCUGUUCUUACGCAAUCCGUCAAGAAUAACACACAAGUCCUGAUCAACUGCCGAAACAAUAAAAAAUUAUUGGCUCGUGUCAAGGCAUUUGAUAGACAUUGCAAUAUGGUCUUAGAGAAUGUAAAGGAAAUGUGGACAGAAGUACCAAAGACGGGUAAAGGCAAAAAGAAGUCAAAACCCGUUAACAAAGAUCGGUAUAUUUCCAAAAUGUUUUUGCGUGGAGAUUCUGUUAUAUUAGUGCUGAGAAAUCCUCUUGCUGGACCUAAAUAGACACAUUCACAAAUAUUUGUAUAUCAUGAAUAGAUCAUACCUUUUAUUUUAUUUUUUUUUUUUUGCAAUCAUUUUCACAUUUAAAUAUUUUAUCCAUAUCUAAUAAAAUGUGCAGUUUUUAA